GCUGAGCAUGUAAUUAAUCAAAGAAUAUGUUUCAUUAAGAAAUUGGUAUCGUUAGCUCAAAUUUUUAAUUAAUUACAGUUCAUAAAUAUCAAAGAUUUUUAGUAAUCUUUUUAUUAACAAUUCGCAAAAGAUGAGGCGAUAGGUGGCUGUAAAAGCGAUUACGUAAAAUUAUUAAAAGUUUGGGCUCAGGUAUUUAAAAUAUCAGCGUCUCUCAUUCGUUUAACGAGAUGUCGGAUUCGAAUUCGCCGAAAACGGAUGCAAGCAGUUCAAACCUUUCAGGAAAUUUACGACAGUUUCGAUUUCAGAAGAAACAACUGAAACCGUCGAACAUGUCGGAUGAUGACAGCAAUUUAAUAUCUCCUGAGAUUCAGUUCAGACGUAAAGCAGUAAAUGUAAUUGAAGACAGCGAUAGCGAUUCUGAUAAUGCCACUAAGAAUGCGACAUCUUCGAACCACAAGAAUAAGGAACUAGAUAAAAAUACAAAUUGGAACAGUGACGAGGGUGAUGAAGAUUCAAGGAACACUAGGAAGAGACCCUUAAAAGGAUCUUCUGUAUCCAAUAAGAAAAAAAAGAGAAAAUAUAAUCAAACCGAGGAUGUUGACAUUGAUUCAGAUGAACAAUGUUUUAAGGAUAAAGUAUUUGAUAGUGAUGAAGAUUCAGACAUAGAAAUAUCUAACGAACUCACCGGUGAUAAGAAAGCGGUUUUAGAAUUCAUGCAAAAUGCUCUGCCGACAGAAUUACUUUUAAUGUCUCAGUGUUCUCAAAAGAAAACCAAUGCUAUCAUAGAAGCAAGGCCAUUCAAAGAUUGGAGAGAUUUAGUUCAGAAGUUUCAGAAUAAUAAAUAUUUAGAUACAGAACUUUUGAAUUCAGCUCAGGAAUUAUUGGCUACCAGACAUGCGGUUGAAACUCUGAUGAAAAAAUGCCUCCGUUUAUCUACAAAUAUUGAAAGGGCUGUAGCUGCGGGAGCAUCAGCCAUCACAAGUCAACCAAAAGGAGUACCAGCAAAUUUAAAAUUAGCUUCGUAUCAGAUGGUUGGGUUAAAUUGGCUCGCUGUGAUGCAUGCACAAAAUGUUAACUGUAUACUAGCCGAUGAAAUGGGUUUGGGAAAGACAGUUCAGGUAAUAGCCUUUCUUACGUAUUUGAAGGAGGCUGGUCUUAAGGAUGAAAAAGAUGGACCACAUUUAAUUGUAGUUCCUAGUUCAACAAUGGAAAACUGGAAGAACGAGUUAGAGAGAUGGUCACCUGGGUUGAACGUUGUACAGUAUUAUGGUUCUCAGGAAGAACGAAAAGAAAUGAGAUUAGGUUGGCGAAACGGAGAUCUGGAUGAUGUCGAUGUUUUGUUAACCACGUAUAAUUUAAUUAGCAGUACACCAGAAGAACGGAGAUUGUUUCGUGUUAUGCCUCUCGGUUAUGUUAUUUUUGACGAGGCUCAUAUGUUGAAGAACAUGAGUACCAUCAGAUACGAAAACCUUGUUAGAAUUAAUGCAAAACAUCGAAUUCUAUUAACGGGUACUCCACUACAAAAUAAUCUGUUGGAACUUAUGUCGUUGCUGAUAUUCGUAAUGCCUUCGCUGUUUGCUGGUAAACAAGCGGAUUUAAAAAGUUUGUUUUCAAAGAACCCCAAAAUUCCAGCAGUUAAAAAGGAUGGCGAACAGCCAUUAUUUGAACAGGAACAAGUUAAAAACGCAAAGCAAAUUAUGAGACCGUUCGUACUUCGUCGAUUGAAGUCUGAAGUUCUUCAAGACUUGCCGAAAAAAAGCGAACGAGUAAUAAAAUGUCCAUUGACGAAAAAACAAAAGAAACUGUACACAAAUUUAGUUGCUGAGUUUUCAGCCGAAGCGGACCAAAGCACCGAAGUUAAUGGUAUUGGAAUGAUGAUGCAGCUGAGGAAGCUUGCUAACCAUCCGCUCUUAGUGCGGGAUUAUUACAAUGAUUCCAAGUUAAAAAUAAUAUCGAGUAGAUUAGCAAAGGAACAAGCGUACAAGCAAAAGAAUGCCGAUUAUAUAUUUGAGGAUUUACAAUGGAUGUCAGACUACCAAAUAAAUCAGUUAACAAGGACGUAUAAGAGUUUAGCUGGAUUAGGGUUACCACAGGAACUUAUUCCAGAAGCUGGAAAAUUAAAAGUAUUGGACAAGAUGUUACCAAAGCUCAAAAAAGAAGGACACCGUGUAUUGAUCUUCAGUCAAUUCACGAUGGUAUUAGAUAUACUAGAAGAAUAUCUAACAAUCGGAGGGCAAAAAUAUUUAAGAUUGGAUGGUAGCACUCCAGUAACAGAUAGACAGGAUUUGAUAAACGAGUAUACGGAAGAUGAUAGUAUAUUUAUAUUUUUAUUAUCUACAAAAGCUGGAGGUUUAGGGAUCAACUUAACAGCUGCAGAUACCGUUAUAAUACAUGAUAUUGACUUUAAUCCAUAUAAUGAUAAGCAAGCAGAAGAUCGUUGUCAUAGAGUAGGCCAAAAGAGACCGGUUACUAUAAUGAGACUAUUGGGCGAAGGUACUAUAGAAGAAGGCAUGUAUGAAAUAGCUCAGGACAAAUUACAUCUUGAACAACAAAUUACAGAUGAAGGAGAAAAUGAGAGCGCAGAUAAAAAGAGUGUACUGAAGUUACUUAAGAUGACAUUGGGAUUGGAUCACAAUAGAUCCUUAUCUCUGUCACCAGUAAAAAAUGCAAGAACGAGUAACGGAUUAUUGAAUAGUGAAGCGAAGUGUAAUAUAGAAUUUUAAAAUUAAUAUUUUACUUAAACCAUAUUUUUUACUAGUGAAAAGAUUUGCAUCGUUUUAUAUAUAUAUAUGUAUAUGCAUUCUUCAAGUUUGUGACAAAGUGCCGUUGCAGUUUUGCAAAACGUUGAACGUCUUUAAUUUGAAGGAAUUUGUGUAUACAAUUUUAAACGAACUCACUUGUGAAAUUCUAUAAUCUAUUUGUACAUCAUGAUUCUAUUUGUACACAUAGAUAUUCGUAAUUUUUUAUUUUCUUUUCUGUUUAAUACAUGUGUUGUAUCUUACUCAUGUACUUUUACUAUAAAGUUCAAGAAAGUGAUGAAGACUGCACAACUCCCAGUGAGAAAAAAAAAAGUGAAUACUGGAAACUAUACGAACAAUUGUACGUUAAAAUAUUUCUUUUCAUAUUAUUUUGCUCACAUUCCUUAACAAAUUUAUUGUACAGACACUAAAGAUACUACACAUCGGAGUUAAUUUAUUAUCGUAUAAUACAUGUAUUUGUACUCAAUUAAAAUUUGAUCAUUGUAAUAAACAGUGUAUGUUAAUUCCCUAACGAUUAAGUAAAUUAGAUAUUGUUAACAGUAAUAAAAUCAAGCAUUUGAAAAUAAAUUAUGAAUUUGUAUUUA